CUGGGCGCCGUGCACGACGGGUCCCCUCCCCCCUCCUACCUGGGGGGUCCGGGGGCGAGGAGAUGUCGCUGGGAAGACGGUUACAUCAUGAGCGACCUCCGACACACGGAAAAAGGCUUCAGAUGGUCUUCCUGCUCCGUGGAACAGUUCCAUCACUUCCUGAACGGCGACACAGCGACCUGCCUCUACAACCUGCCCCACGAGGACGAAUCUCUGCCUCGCGUGCUGCCGGGGAAGCUGCUCUCCCUCGACGCCCAGUGCAGGAAGGACCGCGGGACGUCGGCCUGCUUCAAGGACGACCGAGUGUGCGCCCAACUCUUCUGCUUCGACGCCUCCAGCGGGUACUGCGUAUCCUACCGUCCUGCUGCCGAAGGGUCUGACUGCGGCAACGGGAAGAUCUGCAGCAACGGCCGAUGUGUCUACGAUAACGGCAACAGCAUCUCCGAUUUUGAUGUGCACAGGUCCGGUGAACAUUAUCUUUUCGAGUCGACGCAGAUAAAACCAGUGUACACAGACCCCCCCUCCUCCACCACCCCAGAACCCCCCACCUCUUCCACAACAGCUAGGUCCAGCUGGUGGAACAGAUGGGACCGUACUAGAUGGAACGACCGCAAUACCACCCCACAGACGACCACCACAACCACAACCACAACCACCACCACAACCACAACCACCACGCCCUCACCCCCCAAGAGCCUCAAGAAAAACUUUAUAGAUUCAGUGAAGCCGAAUAGUGAUAAUGAGUGCGAGGACCGCAUCGCCAACAUCGCCGGCAGCCUCACGUGCCAGGAGUUCCUUCGCUCCUACGGCUUCCGCUACUGCGGCCACCGCUACAUCCAGAAGAACUGCUGUCGCUCCCAGAAGGAGAUGUACAGGACUCUCACGCCCUCGAAGGAGCUGGCCGAGCGCCCUUGGCACUUCCGCCCGCCCGCGUCCCCGUGCUGGGCCUCCUCCGCCCGCGAGUGGUGCUGGCGACGGCGCACAUGCAGCGUCGGUGCAGCUGCAUCCUUGGGUCGUCCGGCAUUGCACAGCGGCUGCGGGAUCAGGCCUGUUCCCCCUCUGGAAGCGGCGGCGACUUGCUGGCAAGACGGCGCCGCUGGGAAGCAGAGAGGGAAGGGCGGGGCGGAGCGGGCGCCCGGCUGCCGACCCGCCUUCGCCGACGGGCGUCGCCACGGCACCUGCCAGCAGCCGCCUGUGCUGCCGCCACUUGGAGAGCCUGCGCCCCGCCGCGCCGGUCCGCGAGGCCGCCGCGGAAGCCAAGAGAACGUCUUCCAGUCGAAAAGAACACUUGAUCAACUCCUUUCCAAAAAGUGGCACACGCACCUGCAGAAUUCCAAGUGGCAAGCCCGCAGGUCAAAAGAGGUCAUUGUGCGCGGUGGUCAGCGUGGAGGGAUCCCCCCCCCCGCCCUCUUCCACUCCAAGACGGACGUGAUAGCAGUUCAUUAUACUCAUUUUAUGUUCAAUAGAAUUCCUGUAUCUCUGUAA